AUGGAAUGUGAUAAGAUAUCACUGAAUGAUAAACCUUCACCUCAUACUUCAUCUCCGUCACCACUGUAUGUUAAACGAUUCCUUAAUGCAAAACGGCAAUAUUCUGAAUCAAUUCUGAGAGUCAAAGUGAGCGGUGCGGAAAUGUACAAUAUUUAUAGAGCCUACCAUGGACGUCUUAAUAUAUCAUACAGGCGACUUGAAGACAGUAAACAAGGUUCAUCAAAUUUGGAUUUUUAA